AUGUCGGACAACAAACUCAUUGUCAUCCUGGGGAGCGGACCUGGCAUAGGAGCUUCGACUGGAGCACUGUUCGCCUCCAUGGGCUUCGACGUCGCGUUGCUCUCUCGGAAUGUCGAGCGUCUAGGCCAGGAUGUCAUCAGAGUGCAGAUAGCGAAUCCGCGUGUCAGGGUCAAGGCAUAUCCCGUUGACGUUGGAGACCAUAACGGCCUGGCAUUAGCCCUCGCCCAAGUCCACGCAGAUCUAGGGCCCCCGGAAGUGGUAUAUUUCAACGCCGCAAGAGUUGCGCCGUCCAAGAUCGGGGGAACCAGUCCGGAUUUGGUGUUGGAAGACUUUAAAAGCAUGAACAUUGGUCUUUUCGUGGCAGCAUCAUGGGCGUUGCCACAUUUGACUGCCGCCGCCGAGCGACCAGGGACUCAUCCGUCAUUCUUGUUCACCAACAGUGGUCUGUGGGACCGUCCGCUGGCCGACUUGGCCUCGCUCUCGAUGCAGAAGGCCGCACAGUACAACCUGAUGCUGAGCCUGAAGCAGAUGGUGGAAGCCAAGGGGGUGCAUGUUGCCGGCGUCAACAUUGGCGGGCUGGUCAGAGACGAGGAUCCUGUUAUCAAUGCCAACAAUAUUGCGCGGGCCCUGUUCGAUCUGUCCCAGGAGGACAAACCGGACUGGCAGUGGGAGGUCAAGGUGGGAGACUGGGACGAGUUCUUGAAGCAAAUGGCUGGCCAGAAGGCAGCGUGA